AACAACCAAUGGAGGCAGAGAAGAGAAAGCAGGCCGGCAACGACGUCGUUUCGGGGAGGCACAAGCAUAAGAAGGCGCGGGAUGAAACGACAGUGAACGAGGACGAGGUUCAGGAGUUCUUCGCUAUCAUCAAGCGCAUACACGUGGCAAUCAACUACUUUAAGAGCGCUAACGGCGGUGGAAGUAAAUAUGUGGACGGAGAGUUGAGGGCAAUGAUCGAGAGUAACGAGGAGGCGGACGGCGUCAAAGGGAUGGCCAAGACUACGAAGGAGGAGGAUGUGGGGUUCGAUUUGAACGCGGAACCGGACCCGGAAUUUGAUCUGAGUUAAUUGGGUUUCAUGGGCUUUGGUGGCAUGGAUGCUGUAACUUUAGCGUUUGGAUUUGUUGUGGUUACAAUUGUUGAGACUAUGAGCUUAAGAAAACAUUUCUUGAACUGGUUUAGUCUGACCAUUUUGACAUUUGCUUUGGCUCCAUUCAUUUGCAAUUUGUAUUUUUAGAUUAAUGUGUGUGUUCAACCAAUUCCUUUAGAGUAAAAUUGAAACUGGGUUUAAAAAA